AGAACGCGACCUGCCAAGCUGCCUGUGGAAGCCGAUCCAUUCGGUCGAUGAAGGAUCCAUGUUGAAGAAUUGCCGCUGGUGCUGCACGACGUUCGAACAUUUUCCCAAAGUUUGCUGACGACGCGUGGAAAACUAUCGAAUCCCGCCGAGUGUAUCUCUUCUUUCUCGCGAGAGAGAGAUAGAGAGAAAGAGAGAGAGAGAGAGAGAGAUAGAGAGAACGUUCGAACGCGAUAACCUCUUCGUCGAUCGACCAUGGAGGGUCGAGAAAGUCUGUUCUCUCGAGCUCAAUCGAGCAGAAGCUCGAUUCGAUCGCAAACCGAGCGGCAGAGCCUCGAAACGCCGAACGUCGCGACGACGGAGAACAAGCAACGUCAGAUCGGUGGAUACCGAUCCGCGAACAGAGAACCGACGAGUCUCACCUCGGCCCCCGGAAGGUACGUGGCGACAGCUCGUACACCGAUGGACAAUUUGAAGCAGUGGGAGUUGGUGGAGCACGAUCAUCGUCUCCAAGUGAUAGAAAAGGGAAGCAUGGCGAAUCCUUCGACGAAGGGUGGUGUCGUCAAACGUUCACCGAGCGUCGCUGGUAACGACGCGACAUCGAUCGCCGGUAAAAAGGCUGUCGCGAUCGAAGCGAGCCUCGAGGAGAAAUUGAAGGCGUUCAAAAACUCGAACAUCGUUCAACCUAUCGCGGUUCGUCCUCGACGCGAUGACGAUUGUUCCGACAGCGACGCCAAACUUCCGGUUAAACUCGAACUGAUCCUGAAACAGCGAAAAGGUUCGGGCGCAGAGAGUACGGAUAUGCUUCAACGAUUGGAGCAGCAGGUCAAGGCCAUCGAAAUGGACACUCUCGCAGCCAGAACGCGCCAGUUGGAGAUCAGCUCGGAUUUCGAGCCAGAAAUUCUAUACACGGACCUUCGAUACAGGGAACACGAGGAUCUACUUCGAAACGUGACGGAUGACGAAGCCGAGGGGGCUUCUCCGUUGCAUCGAGGAGACGCGACGAGGAACUCGACGGGAAACGCGGGUGUUACAACGAAGAAAGCGACGACGAAAUUGUCAAGGACAGCCUCGGACACGAGGCGAGCACAGGAAGCGGAAGUGCCCCUUCGAGCGCAGACUAGGAUGGUGCAGCAAGCGCGUGCGUUCGUCGCGGCACGGGCCAACAACAACGCGAAGAAAGAUCAACGGCAGCAACAACGGCGACAAACCAAUGCGGUUAACAACGCGAUCAAACCGUCGUCAGACAUCAUGCAGAAGAGUGGCAUAAAUGAGAAGGAGACAGGGGAUGGCGUGGGAGUGUCGAGUAGCGGUGGUCGACUCUCGUCUCGAAGUCGGACCUCGGAGGAGCCCCACAUCGGCAAGUACAAAUUACUCAAAACAAUCGGCAAAGGUAACUUUGCCAAGGUAAAGCUUGCCAAGCACGUGCCUACCGGGAAAGAAGUGGCUAUCAAAAUCAUCGACAAGACUCAAUUAAAUCCCGGUAGUCUUCAAAAGCUGUUCCGCGAAGUCAGAAUAAUGAAGAUGCUCGACCAUCCGAACAUAGUGAAGCUUUUCCAAGUAAUCGAGACCGAGAAAACAUUGUACCUGGUAAUGGAGUACGCUAGUGGUGGUGAAGUUUUCGACUACUUGGUUUUGCACGGUCGAAUGAAGGAGAAGGAGGCUAGAGCAAAGUUCCGGCAGAUCGUCUCUGCCGUGCAAUACUGCCAUCAAAAGAAGAUCAUUCACAGGGACUUGAAGGCGGAAAACUUGCUACUCGACAGCGAGAUGAACAUCAAAAUCGCAGAUUUCGGUUUCAGCAAUGAAUUCACUCCGGGCAAUAAGUUGGAUACCUUCUGCGGUUCACCUCCUUACGCAGCACCCGAACUUUUCCAGGGUAAAAAGUACGACGGGCCCGAAGUGGACGUUUGGUCGUUGGGAGUGAUAUUGUACACAUUAGUGUCUGGAUCACUGCCCUUCGACGGUUCGACGCUGAGAGAACUGAGGGAACGAGUACUACGAGGAAAAUAUCGAAUACCGUUUUACAUGUCCACGGAUUGCGAGAACCUGUUGAAAAAGUUUUUGGUGCUCAACCCGACGAAACGGGCCUCCCUAGAGACUAUUAUGAAAGACAAAUGGAUGAACAUGGGAUACGACGACGAUGAAUUAAAACCGUACUUAGAACCUGAACCUGAUUAUAAAGACCACAAGAGGAUAGGUGAGUCUGCCAAGGCCCUGGCUAGUAUGGGGUACACGAGAAGCGAAAUAGAAGAUUCCUUAGGACAGGCAAAGUACGAUGACGUAUUCGCCACGUACUUACUCUUAGGAAGAAAGACAACCGAUCCUGAAUCCGACGGCUCGCGGUCAGGCAGUUCAUUGUCGCUGCGCAACAUUCCACCGCAAGCUGGUUCGGGAGGCGGCGGCGGCGGCGGAGGAGGUGGCGGAAGCGGCGGAGGCACAGGUGGCGCUGUGCAGAGUCCGUCGCAUAGAGGUGUUCAUAGAAGUAUUUCCGCUAGCAACCCAAAACCAAGUAGACGAGUCUCGUCCGGUCUUGAAACGCUUCGAGCAGCACCAAGUCCAGGAAACGCAACGAACCAUAAUCACGCGACUGCUACGACUGGUGGAACAGUGACUGGUGGCAGCGGUAGUAAUUUUAAGAGACAAAAUACCGUGGACGCGGCCACCAUCAAGGAGAAUACCGCUCGUGUUUCUGCGAGUCGACCUUCGGCUCCUAAAAACAGUCCUGGCCAAUUAGAUACUAUGACAAUGUUCAUUCUAGGCGUGGGUACAAGUCCCGGUGGUAGGGCAUGGGCAGGCAAGAGCAAUACGAUGAACGCAGGGGUAGGUGGUGGUCGGCCUCUUACCUCACCUGCCCCUGGUUCUGUUGGUCGACGUAGUACCAUCUCCUAUGAUCAAGCUAAAACGUCCUCCUCGUCUACCGAAAGAACCAACGACGCACCCAGCCUUGGCGAGGGCACUAGACCAACGCGGGGUCACACCAAGUCUGCGAGCAUCAGCGCAGGUCACCGUUCCUCGAGUGGCGUACCCCCCAGCGACCAUUCACUACUGGACCCUCAACCACGCAACGCCCACAACUCCUUACUCGCCACUGCUGACCCUCUUAGACAGAGUUUGGGUGUAUCUCCAAGCAAUAGACUGGCAACGCCUACAACACCGGCAUUUCCGAGAAAUGUUCCAAGCCGUAGCACGUUCCAUUCUGGCCAGAAUAGAGCUCAGCGAAAUCAUACUCAGGGUCAUACGCAUACACAGGACACAAAUGCAAUUAGUCCAUUAGCGAGACCGUCCUUCUUCUCCAAGUUAUCCUCGAGGUUCUCCAAACGGACAUGAACCGAUUAAAUCUUGACAUCGCUCGAGCUUCGUCAAACGAUGGCCGUAGAGACGCGCAAAACUUAACGACCGAUGCGCGCGACAGAAAUUCGCGCGAACGCAGCAAGACCAGCGAGCCGAGCGCGUCGCGUUCUAUCGGCCUGAAACAAUGGUAACAGCAUCCGUGUUACCGGCUCAACGAUCCACGGAUGUCGGAAUGCGUUUGACCAACGAACGAGACAGUACGAAACGAAAAGAAAAGAAAAAAGGAAACGGAAGAGGAAAGAAGAGAAGAGGAGAAAAGGGAAGAGAAGAGAAGAGAAGAGAAGAGAAGAGCAAAGAAAAGAAAUAACGUGUUCCGUCUCUCGCUCCGUUAUUCUGUGGUGUAUCGUCAAGCUUUUCAGAGUCGACAGAUCGUUGUCGUUGAUUAUAAAAGAAAAGUUCUUACGAUAUUGUUACCGUUAGGCGCACGGAGUGCGACAUUCUCGCGUUCAUCCUAUAACGAUCCUUCGGAACGCGAAGUGUCUUCCUGACGCGCGACGAUCCAACAAUCCGUUGCUGUCGCUGUUUUGUCGUCACCAUCGUCACUACCGUCGUCGUCAUCGUUACCGUCACUGUCGCAGCCGUCGUCGCCGCAACUGCCAGCCCGCAGCCUUAUCCCCUUAGACUUAGCAUUGAAAAUCGUGCCUUUCCUGAUUCAGCCUGCCAGCUAUAGUGAACGUGCACUUUCAUGCCGCUCAUCUUUUAAAGACGUACCUAUCUAUACAUAAUCUCUUUCUAUUUUUAUACGUAUAUUCAUCGCGUCGUACGUCAGCUUCGUUUUACCUUCUUCGUCCUAAAAUAACCGUAACGAACGUCGGCCACUCAUCGUCGAUAAUUCAUCGAUCUUUCGUCGAUCUUUCGUCGAUCUUUCGUCGAUCUUUCGUCGAUCUGGUUCAUGCGAAUCGAUCAUUCCUGAUCUUGUUGAAUAACCCGAUCCUUUGAACGCUUUUCAACGGUUUACUUGAUCGAACAGACUAAUCCACUUUUGUACGUAACGCGUAGCGCUCGCGAGUAGUCGCGGUACGAUGUGCUCGUUCGUCCGCCUGUCCAGUUCUCCUGUCUUUAGUCUCGUGGCAAACUGACAAAGGAGCGACGAAAGGAAGAAGAAGAAAGCAAGAGAAAGAGAGAGACAGAGAGAGAAAGAGAGAGAGAGAGAGAGAGAGAGAGAAGAUGGAAUGGAAAAAGGAAGGAAAGAGAGUUACAUUGGAAAAAUAGGAGAAGGAAAAAGAAUUGUCAGACCUAAAGGGGAAAUAGGGUAAAGACGAGAUGAAGUAUUUCGCGCGUACCGUGAUCUUAAGUCGCGCGUGGCACGUGGCACACCGUUACUCGCUAUCGUUGCCAAUUUCCGUUUCCAUUUUCGUUUCACUUCUUGUUUUCGUUUCCGAUAUUAUUACUUUUAGCGUUAUCGUUACAGUUACCGUUACCGUUACCAUCAUUAUCGCUGUUACCGUGUUUACGAUAAAAAAAAAAAAGAAAAAAAAGAAAAGAAAA